AUGUCUUCCUCUCCAGAACGAUCACCACACAGCUGGCGGUGCGAGUGUGGACUUCCUGGAGUGCGCUUGCGCACUGAGUCCCCUUCCAAUCCUUCUGGCCGCGCAUACUACAAAUGUAUCCCUUGUGACCGCGUCCUCGGAUUCUGCCCCUGCACUACCCCGGGCGCGAGGACAACUUUGACCUGUGACUGCAGUCAAGAUGGCAGCGAGGCCGGGUCACCAGGUCUUGAAGACCAGGUGCCCCGAGGUGUCUCCAUCCUCUCCGCCAACGCACACUCGUUUAACCCGCUCAACCCGGACUCAGGGUUCGAUGAGGACUGGGAUCCAAAUUGGAGCCCGGGCUACAUGGUCUCGCGAUUCAAAGCCCGCGGCAAGGAGCUCGGUCCUUGGGCUUAA